GAUAACAAUAUCUCCCUAGGGAAAUUCCCUGUUUGGCGCAGUAACCAUACGAAGUCCAUGUAUUUUAUUUAAGACGAUGUCUCAGAAUGAUGAUGGCCCACCCGAAAGGGAAGUGAAGGACUUCAGGUUCCAGCAAUUAUGCAAAGUACGUGUGUCACCACCACUCGACGAGGUCCGCACAGAUCGGUCACAAUGGCUGGCCACAAGCAACAAGUUUGGUCUCAUCUUUAUUGGCUUCAAGGAUGGCUUUAAAGUAGUGAAGACAGCUGACAUUUGUCACAUCGAUGACGUCAACGCCCGGGAUCGAAGUACUGCCGUUAUCAGUGAUUUCCCGUUCUGGUCGUCAGUGACGUUGACCAACCCCAUCAGCCACCUGAGCCUCAGCUGUGACGAGCUGACACUGGUAGUGGUCAUGAAGGAAUGUGGGAACCUGAUGCUGUGUAUGUACGAUGUACGGCAGUUCGCCGUCAAGACGGACAGCUCUGAGGCAUUUGCUCGAUGUCGCCUGAACGCCUCCCCGGGGUCCAGUCUGCAGGACAUCAUGUGGAACCCUCUUGACCCCGCCCUCCUAGCUGUGUGUGUGUCUGACGGAAGUGUGGAGCUGGUCCGAGUCACCAACACUGUCAACACUGUCGGAUCGCUGCCCGUGUCAAGCAAUGCCUCUUGUUUGAAUUGGAGUCCAAAGGGGAGACAACUCGUGAUUGGAAGAAAAGAUGGUACAAUGACUCAGUACGACCAGGAGAUGAAGGAGAAACGCAGCUGGCCAAUGCCCAACAUCCUGGCCACUACUCACCAAGUUGUGGACGUGACAUGGUUGUCAACGUAUGUGUUCCUGGCAGCCUAUCUUCCCAGCACUGCGGACAGCUCAGACCAGCCACAAGUCCUGCUCACAGUCUCAUCUAAAGAUGGGCCAACAUCGUAUGUGAACUUUGAGGACGUGUGCUACGGCUCUGGGGAAGAUCGUAGACACAAGUACUUCUUCAUGUUCUUGGCCAAAUGGGACAUGGUUGUGUUGUCAUCCAGCAAUGCAACAGAAGCUGCAGUGAUCGGCAAGCAUUUUGAUGGGGGACCGACCCCAAUGUGGGAACACUGGACACUGGAGGACUCCGGACGAGCUGAGCUGCCUCUGACUGAUAAGCACCUAGACUCCUUCCCCAUGGGUGUAACCCUUACCCUGGGGUGUCAGACACAGAUAAAACUGGGUGAGAAGACACAUCCCCCUAGCCCGAUACUGUUGAUGUUGUCAACUGAUGCUUUGGUGCCCUACUACCUGUUAAACUUCAACACCAGUGCCCCCAGCCUCAUUGUGCCCCUGGAACAGCUCACAGCCACUGGGGCACGCACUUCUACAGACUCCGCACAGGCUUCCACACCAGGACCAGCCAUGUUGGGAGCACAAAAGUUGAGCCAGCCAAUGACAACCUUGGGUCAAGGGUCAACUCUUCCCAAGACAGGAAGUUCAUUCCAGUUUGUACAGAAGGCCCCCACUACGGCAUCAGACACUCCGGGCGCGUCGUUGUUCUCACAACUGAAGACAGCAUCAGACACACCAGGAGCAUCAUUGUUCUCACAGCCAAAGACAUCCUCUCUUCCCACCACUGGCAGCUCUUUCCAGUUUAUGACAAAACCAAGUCAGCUGACAUCUGACUUGCCAGGUCACCAGUCCUUCACACCAGUUGCCCCUCAGGUAGCAAAUGUGACACCAUCUUCUAUCGGUCAGAAAACAGGGCUGUCCUUCACACCAUCGUCCUCAGGGGCAACAACGGCCUUCUCUCCUGCCACUACCAAAGUACAGGUAGUCUCUUCACCCUCUAUUGGCACCAAGUCAGUGUUCGGUGCAACCAAGCCUGAUGCAGAAAAAAGUGCACAGCCGUCAUCGUUUGGGUUUAGUACUGUGCCGUCCACAACAUCAUCCAUUCCUGCUAGUGGGUUUGGUCAGCCAGGAGGCAAGUCCCUAUUUGGGACAUCAACAAGCUUUACUGGGUUUGGUUUCCCCAAGACUCCAUCAACAACACCACCGGUGACUUCAGCUGCAGCUGCAGCUACACCAACUGCCACCUCAACACCAGCUGCUACUCAAGGUGUAACAUCAGCAAUAUUAGGAGCGAGCUCCUUCAGUAAACCCCCCGAACCUUCAACACAGAAACAGUCUGCAGUGGGUUUUGGUGGGUUUUCCAUGGGUCAGACUGUCACACCCAUUCCAGCCCCUGGGCAGUCUUCCUCUCCACAACCCCUACCCUCACACCCAGCACCCUCACGACCCCCGGCCACAAACAGAGGUGUGACUCUGGGAGUGAAGAGAGACAUCGAGGAGGAGACCAGGCAUACUGAGGAGGAGGUGUCACCACCACCGCCAACAUACGAGAAACCCUCUGUGAAUGAAACAGUGGAGAGUACGUUUACCAGGUCAAUCAUGGAAGAGAUGCAGCACUUUGAGAAGGAGCUGCGAGAUCUGAAGCUGAGGUCUAGCAACAGUCUGAAGGAGGUUGGUACCCGGAGUGAGAUGAAGGACCUUAGAAAAGCAACAGAGGACAUGGCCAAGUUCUGCAAUGACAUCAAGGAGAACACCAAGGAGCAGAGCCGAGAGGUCCAUGACCACAAGACGCUGUGUCUGGAGCUGUUCGCUAUGGCGGAAGAGUGCCGGGUGCGUCAGGAACGCAAUGAUGACGCCAAGUACCACCAGCUGCUCAGGUCACGGGCCCUGGACCCAGCCAGUGCUGAUAAGCUGAAGCAGCUCCAGGCCCAGUAUCAGGCCCAGAGUCAGGGCCUGGUGGAGGUGGAACUGAUCCUGGACCAGCAGUGGGAGGAGCAUCAAGACAGGAAGAAGGCCGUCAAGGGGAGACUGCAGGCCCCGACAUCGGACAUGGUCUACCGGGCGGUGAAGAGCAACCACAACCUGAUCCAUACACAGCAGUCGCAGCUGGACAAGCUGCAGGAGAAUCUGAAGAACCUGCAGCUGUACAACCGCUCGGCAGACUGGCAGAACAUGUCCAUGUUCCGAUCAGACACCAUCAGAACCCCGGACCUGACGUCCCUGGUCAACUCACUGGGGAGGGGGAGUGCUCAGCCUGGACUUGCCAAGGCAGCACCAGUGUCCCCAGAAAAAACGGCUCAACUUAGACAGUUCCUGGCCCAGAGAACUGUACCCCGUAUUCGGUCAACCAAACCAGUGAAUCUGUCAAUGUCGAGAAUUGUAGCAGCCAAGGGGCUCCGAGAGAAACUGGAGGAUGUUCGAAGUCCCCGAUCAUCCCCUGGUGGUGACCAGACUAUACCCCUUCAACUUGCACGCCCCAAGGAGAAGUUUUCUGAGCCAACAGGAGACCGCACCAAGUUCCUCCCGACCAGUCAGAGCAGCUUCAAGAAGCCCCCUACCAACAACAACGCCAUCUCACUGGCGGUAUCUCAAAGUGACCUUCACCCCGCCAAGAGUGUACAAAUAGCAGCCAUGAGAAACAACAACAGUGAUACCGACUCACAGCAUAGGGGAUUUAGGAGUCAGGAGCCUGCCUCCAGAAACACAGGACGUGGAGUGAGCUCAGAGGAGCUGACGUCGGCGAUGUUACGCAUGAAGGAGACUCUCAGUGCUACAUAUUCAGCUGGGGGUCAGCGUCCAGACACGGAGGACAUCUCCCCCGUCUUCACCCCUGAGCUGGAGAGUGACGAGCAGGAGGGUCUCACGGAGGAAGACGAGGGUGAAUACGACGAAGAUGAUGAUGAGGAAGAGACUGGAUUUGGUAAGGAGUAUUGCCUGGACCCUACCACCGACAGACCUGGGGACAGUGAGCUGAACCAAUACAAGCAGGGGGGUUCUGCCGGCACCCCGCUGUCAUCCCUGCAGUCGGCUGUCCCCACGGAUCAGAAGGCCGGAGUGAGCAAGAACCUGUUUGGUGGAUCAAAGACCUUCGUCCCUGGUCAGCCCCCGUCAGGCAAGCUGUCAACGAGCACUCCAGCCAUGGUGACUAAACAGCCCACCAACACAACGCCAGCUCCGGCUUCAGGCUUCGGGUUCAGCAGCGGGUUGGGAGCGUCAGGACUUGCCGGCAAAUCUUUGUUUGGGUCUGGAUCUUCUGGAGUGAAGCCACCAGAGCCGUCUGCUGAAGAUGAGUCUACAACAGGCAAGAUCCAGGCCAAGGGUUUCACCUUCUCGACAACCCCCUCCUCCACCACCACCCCUGCAUCCACCUCAACCUCUGCUGCAACAACAGCAACAGCAUCGACUGCCCAGAGUGGGUUUUCCUUUUCUCUGUCAGGGGGAAGCUCCACAGCCACCAGUGGCGCCGCUACAGGGGAUUCUCUUUUGGUGCCAUGUAGAAUAUAUUUGUUCACAGACAGCGGCAUCUUUUCCAAGCCAUUGACUGAGACAGCAAAGCCCCAGCCGACUGCAUUCUCAGCAUUUGGUGGCGGUACAUUUGGUGGUAAGACUGACACCACCACCACCACCACUCCCAGUGUCACUUCGUCUGUCUCGGCAGCAGCAGUGACAGCAGCUCUCAGCAGCAGCCUUCUAGCUGCCCUGACUGACACUUCCACAACCUCCACAUCGGCAGCAUCAGUAACAGCAUCUGCUGCGCUAGGGAGCAGCCUACUGGCGGCUCUGACUGACGCUUCAUCUCCCGCACCCCAAGAAGCUGCUGCUGCUCUUAGUAGUUUCAGCUUCAAGCCUGGUGACUCUCCCUCACAGCCCACUGGACAAGGCAAUUCCUCCCUGGCAGUCAGCGGCACAACUGCAUCGGCAACGACAGCGGCAGAUACGCCCGCUACUGUUACUGCACCUGAAGCAGCUAAAGCAGCAUCAAACCUAUUUGGCUUGACUACUGGUGGGUUUGGUCAGCCGGCCAAGUUUGGGGGUAGUCCACCAAGUGGCGCCACCACAUGUCUCACAACGACUUCACAGUUUGGAGCAAGUGCGGGAGUGUUUGGAUCUUCUGGACCGGUGUCUUUCGGUUCCCUGUCCAAGACUACCGAGGUCAGCGGCACUGAUGGCACCACAACAACAUCAGCUCCAUCAGCCACCGUGGCCAAGUCUUUGUUUGGCACUACACCCACGACUUCAGUAAGCACAACUGGCUUCGGGCAAACAGCAACAGCGUCAACUAGCAGCAGCAACUCCGGCCCAGGCAACAACAACAACAACAGCGGCUACCGGUUUUGCAUUUUUGCAUUUGGUAGCUCCUCCUCCUCCUCGUCUAUAUUUGGUGGGAGUUCCACAGCCAGUACUUCAUCAGCAUUUGGAACAGCCACUACAGGGGUGUUUGCAUCAUCUACAGCAGCAACUACAACAACUCCAUCUGCCUUUGGGACUUCAACAGCUUCGUCAGGGUUUGGGUUUGGACAAAAUACUGCAGGGUUUGCCAAGCCAUCUUUUGGCCAGUCGCCUGGCUUUUCCCAGCCAUCAAGUUUUGGCGGGGGUUCUGGAGGUUUUGGUGCUGGAGGUUCUGUGUUUGGUCAAACAGCAACCACCACAAGUUCUACUGUAUUUGGCCAGUCUACAACCACCACCACUGCCAGCUCUGAAGGGAGUUUGUUUGGUGGGGGUGGGGGAGGAGGAGGAGGAGGCCUGUUUGGGGGUCUUGGUGGGAAACCCAGUGCUGAUAAAGCAAAUAAAAAUGUGUUUGGGGGUGGGACAUUCGGCACAAGCGACAACACCCAAAACUCUGGUCUCUUCGGCAGUGGUGGAUCAACGUCAUUUGGCGGAUUCAGUGGUGGAAGUGGAGUGGCAGCAACAGGGUUCGGUGUUGGGCAGAAUUCACAGGCACCUUCUGGGUUUGGAGGUCAGCCUUCAUUUGGUGGCAGUCCGGUUCUGGGUGGUUCUUCGUUUGGUGGAGCGCCUUCAUUUGGUAGUCCAGGAGGAGGCUUUGGGAGUUCUGCAGCAUUCUCCAGCCCAGUUGGCACCACUGCAUCGUUUGCCUCAGCUGGGGGACAGGGUGGCUUUGCCAGUUUUGCCAGUGGGAACAGUCCCACCUUUGGCAAUAUAGCUCAGUCCAGUGCGCCAUCGUUUGGGAACCUAGCAACAAGUGGAGGAGGGGGCUUUGGAGCAGCCACGGGAGGAUUUGGGAAUCCAGGAGGCUUUGGGAGUCCGGCAGGUGGAUUUGGGAGUCCGGCAGGAUCUGGAUUUGGAGCCACACAGCAAGCAGGUGGAUUUGGAGCCACACAGCAAGCUGGUGGAUUUGGAGCCACACAGCAAGCAGGUGGAUUUGGAGCCACACAGCAAGCAGGUGGAUUUGGAGCCACACAGCAAGCAGGUGGAUUUGGAGCCACACAGCAAGCAGGUGGAUUUGGGAGCCCAGCAGGAGGUGGAUUUGGAGCCACCCAGCAAGCAGGUGGAUUUGGAAGUCCUCAACCUGGGACAGGUGGAAACUUUGGGUCCAGUCCCCAGUUUACCAGCUACAGAGGCUAAACAGGGAUGUACAGAUGUCUCUUGAAGGACAACACAUCUGCAAGCAACAUAACAGGAUGUACUGUGGCACCAACUUCUGUUUCAAGUGUGAAAUGUAUUUGAACUGAAAUAAAAAGAUUAUUAUGUUAAA